ACUCAGCGAGUCCUGUGAUAGUGAGUUCCACCUUCUCAUCACUGUCAGGGUAUGAGAGUGCACCAGUUUCUCUUUGACUGUGUUGGAGACGAUGCUCCACCUGCGGCCACUUGAUGCACUGUGUCUCGGAUGUGCUGCAAGUUUGGUUUUGGGGUGUGAGAGCCGGGUGCGAGGGGACGGCGCUGGCUCGAACUCCAACCUCCAGUGACACUGCUGAAGCACAGCGAAGCCACAGUCCCUGAGCUCGUAGUGCCUGACAUACCCGCACUGGCACACGACGAUGAACUUAAAAUGGAAGAGGCCAUAAAACAGGGAGUACUUCACGUGCAGAUGCAACAGAAAUUUGGAAAGAAAUGGAAAAAGGUUUGGGUUUUGCUGUUUGGCGAGAGCACGUGCUCUGUCGCCCGCCUGGAAUAUUACGAGUUCAAGGAGGCCAUGAGCAUGACAGAGCGGCAAGGAACGAGGAAAACGGAGAACAAAAAGAUCAUAAAGCUCAGCGACUGCGUUCGCAUUGUCGAAGCCCCGAAUGAGAGCUGCCCAAGUGAUUGCCGGUCGUUUCAUUUGGAAACAGUUGACAAACUGUUCAUCUUUGCUGUCGAGGCGUCAGAAUUCGAGGACUGGAGCCAGAGGCUGUGUGAAAUGGCUUUUCCGAUGAACUGGAGUGACUGGCCUACACUGAAUAAAAACGAUGGGAAGCAGGCCUCCAAGAAGGGGAAAAGCAAUCUGAUGGCAAUGGAGGAGAACACACUGUAUGGCACUCGAGCGGCAGUUAAAGACUUCAGGGUCACUGUGAGGAAGACAGAAGCUGCAGACAGAUGUUGCCUCCAAGGAACAUUCCUUCUCACAGUGGAGAAAGAUGGGUUGGAGCUCAAGGAUCUUAAAAGUGGAGAUGUUCAUUACACCUGGCCAUACAAAUUUUUGAGGCGCUUUGGACGAGACAAGGUAACAUUUUCCUUUGAGGCUGGAAGGCGAUGCGUGUCCGGAGAAGGAAAUUUUGAGUUUGAUACCAGACAGGGGAAUGACAUUUUCCACAUCAUUUCUUCCGCUAUCCAAGAACAGAAGCAAAGGAAUGAGUCGGAUAAUCCGUUGCCUCGCAGUCUGGAGAACGAAACUGUUCUAAGUUCCAGGCCCCUCCCAAUCCCUGCUCAUGGGCUUGAAGAGGAGGCACGGCAACGAGACUUGGAUGAAGAACAAGGACAGAACUCAACCAAGGUGAAAGCUGACUUAUCCAAUGCCACUCUUCCUUCCCUGAGGUCUCUGUCUUUGGAGUCAGUCUGUGAUGCCAAGUCAUCCUCCACAAUGCCGUGGAGACAGGCAGUAAAGGGCCAUCACAGUUAUCCAGCAGCUGCAGCGAAUAUGGCUCAACUCCUGGAAGCCCAGUCAACUUACUCCGAGGUCAGGGAUGUAGUUGUGAAGACCAGUCCACGUGGGAAUGCCAAAGUGACAAAACCUCACGCUGGGAAGAAAUCAGAGAAUCACCCAGGACCAGAGUCUGAUUAUGCCAUUCCAUUUGAUGCUAUAGCAAAGACGUUGUGCUUCCCACCUUUGAGUGGACUACCUACCAUCCAACAGGACAAUAACGCUCCCGAAAAGACAUUCUCAACAUUUUUCCCGAAAGGUUUGGAAGAAUGUGGGGACCCUCUUUAUGAUACCAUAGACGAAUCCAACAUCCGAGGAAAUGCAAACCCACCGCUGUCCAGGGCAUUGCCCAAGGACCACAUCUAUGAUGAGCCUGAAGGGGUGGCCACUCCUUCGAUCUAUGAUAACCCAGAAGAGGUGAAAGGACAUGCAUGGAAGCUCCAGGGCUUGGACUGUGACACACAGGGGCAUGAGUAUCCAUACAAUCCAAACAUGGAUGACUAUGCAGUGCCGAAAACAGCAACACAAGCCUUCACAAAAAAGAAAUCGAGAGAGAGAUUGCAUCAAAAGGACAGCACUGGAGCACUGGAAAGUGAAUAUGACAAUGUACUGGUAAAAAUCUUGGAGAAAAAGGGAACCAAGUAAUUAAGCAAAGGGGCAGGAGGAUGGAGGCAAACUGGUUCAAAACCCUGAUUGGAAGUGAGGUGGGAAGGCUUGUUGCUGGAAAAGACACUCGGAAAUCCUGCAAGCUGCCUGAAUCAUGACAGUUGCUUUGGCAGUGCGAAUGAAAAUGGGAAAUGAUUCUCAGAACGUGAGCCUUUCCAGAAUCACAGAAAUGCUCCAGCAGAGAAAAGAGGCCAUUCAGCCCAUCAUAGUUGUACUGGCCUCUCCAAAUGAGCAUCCUAACCUUGUGCUUUUCUCCUGCCUUUCCUCCAUACCCUUAAACAUUGUUUCCAAUUGAACUAUUCAUCUAAUACUCUCUUGAAUGCCUCAGCUGAAACCUGCCUCCACCAAAUUUCCAGGCAGUGUAUUCCAGAUGCAACCACUCAUUGUCUGGAUAAAUUUUUUUCUCUCAUCAGCAAAUCACGCUAAACCUGUGCCCUCUCUUUCUUCCAAUCCAUCUAUCCAGCCCGAUUCUGAUUGUGAAAACUUACCAGAUCCCCUCUUAGCCUUCACCCAACACAGUACAAUCCCAACCUCUCCAGUUUAUCCUCAUAACUGAAUGUUCUCAACCCUGCAAUCAGCCUCAUAAAUCCCUUCUGAAACUUAUCUGUCCUAUAAUGUUGCGCCCACAGCUGUACCCAAAACUCCAGCUGAGGUCUUGUUUUACAUCAUCUCCUUGCUCUUGUACUCUAUGUCUUCAUUAAUAAGGCCAAAAACACUGUGUGCUUUAUUAUUUGCACUCUCCACCUUCAAUGAUCUGAGUACGUACACAUUCAGGUCCCUCCAAUCCUGCAUCCCUUUUAGAAUUGUACCCCCUAUUUUGUAUUGUCUUUGAAAUGUUCUUCUGAUCAAAGUGCAUCACCUCACAGGUCUCUGCAUUCAACCUCGUCUGCCACCCAGUCCACCAAGUUGUCAGUGUCCUUUUGGAGUUCCACACUGUUCUCCUUACAGCUUACAAUUCUUCUAUGGUUAGUGUAAUCUGAAAACUUUGAAAAUAUCCCCUGCUAACCAAGAACUACAUCAUUCAUAAAUAUAUAUCAGGAAAAAUAGAGGUCUCAAUCCUGGGGAACUCCACAACAAAGCUUCCUCUCCAGCCUGAAACAUACUAAUUUGUUAUUACUCUUUGUUUCCAAUCACUCAGUCAGUUUUGUACUGAUGUUGUCCCUGUCCCUUCUACACCAUGGCCUAUAACUUUCUUCACAAGCUCGCUGUGUAGCACUGUAUUAAACAGCUUCUGGAAGUCUAUUUACAGCACAUCACCAGCAUUACCCUCAUUGACCCAUCACGUUACCUCUUCAUAAAUUGCAAAACUUCAAAAGAAGUUAGUUUGACAGGAUUUCCCCUUUAGAAAUCCAUGCUGGCUCUUCCUCAUCAACCACUCUUAUCCGUGUGAUUACUCAUUUGACCAAAUUAUUGAAGUUAAACUGAUUGUCCUUAUGCUUACAAGCUUUUUUUGAACAAGGUUGUGAUCCCUUUGAAUCUUCAGUCCUGUAGCUCCUCCCCCAAGCCCAGAGAAAUCUGAAAGAUAGUAGUCUGUGCCCCUGCAAUUUCCACAUUCACUCCCUUCAAUACCCUCCGAUUCAAUGUCUUGUCAACUUAGGGAACAAAAGUUCAUUCAAACGCUCCUCACCACCCUGAUCAAUUUGCACCAUUUUAAUAAAGGAGUUUCUUACUUUCUCACAAUGGCCUAUGCAGCUUUUAAAUACUUGGCAAAGACAGGUGUAAAGUAUUCAUUUGAUAUAUUAGUUGUGCCCCUGGCCUCCAUGUGUAAAUCCUGCAGUGACCAGAACAUGGUCAGCCAGGUGGGCCUCAUAGAGUGUGAGUUCCCUGAUUGGGGCUGUUAACCUUGUCCCGUUAGGGAGCCCUCGUUGACAGAUAGAAACAGGAGGGUCAGGGGUUCUGUUCACUCUGACAGCUGGCUCUGAGGGAGCCGGACCAGCAUCAAGGACUCUCCACAUGCAAAGAAAGGGUGACUUGGUGAUAGGAUACCGGCCUCUGCUGACUUAUUUCAAAUUCCUUUUAGGUUCCUAAUGAGCCCUAUUCCUUGGUCUGCCACUCUUAAUCUUUAUAUUAAUACAGGGGGCCUCAAUAUCCAUUCAGUUUAUGCCAAUUGAGGAAUUGUUCCCCAUCAGAAUAACAUAAAUACAGGGGAAUAGAGACUGUAAAUGUGUUAAAAUCACCUCUUCCCAUGAAAAGCAAUAAAAUAAAGUUGGGGCAGGGACUAUAACUUAGGGCCAUAUCGUGUUUCAUACUGAAUAACCAAGAUAUGGACUAUACAUGUAUUGUACAGUAAACACAAUGUAAACACAGCCCCACAAUACGACUUAGAAGCAUCAGACAGGAUUCUGGGAGAAAUGCAAAUUGUUGGCACAGUUAUGAAUUACAAGUUGUACAUUUUCUAUCCUAAGAUGAAGUAAGUUGAAAACGACGUAACGGUUAUCUCAUUAACAUUUCACUCCUUACUGACGUGGGAAAUUUAAGUUUUAUUCGACACGAGGUCAGCGAUGUGAAUGCGAGGCAAUGUGUUGUUUUCCUCCCACAGCCCAUAGAUGUGGGGGUUGUGUGGAUUGGCUGUGCCAAAUUGCCCGUAGUGUUCAGGGAUGUGUAGAUUUAGUGGGUUGUAGGGAUGGGUCUGGGUGGGAUGCUCUGAGGGGCAGUGUGGAUGACCUCCAAUAGAAGACUUUGGGAUUUCCCUUUGUGUUGGCAGCUUUAUUUCCCAUCAUUCCUCUUUGUUUCUCUAGAAUGCUGCUUCACCUCCCUCUGAACCUUCUGCAUUCGCCGUGGUUUCCAAUUGUAUUUUCUACCACACGCCACUGUAAGCGCUCUCAUUUCUUGUUUAUCUUAGCUUUAAUCUCUUUGUCAUCGGAGAACUCUGGAUUUGUUUGCUCUCUGUUUCCCUGCUGAGGAAAUAUACCUUUACUGUGCCAGCACCAUUCCCUUUUUGAAGAUAGCCCAUUGCUCAUUUACAGAUUUUUCCACCAUCCUUUCAAUCCAAUCCAUCUGGCCCAGUUUGGGUCUUGCCAGCUCUGUGUGGACAGCCUGAUGGUUGAAGCUGUGAGCUGGGUCCCAGAGUGAGCCUGUUCAAGGACGAGUACAGCAGGGGAGCCUCAGGGGGAAGGGAACCAGUAGCUGAAACUCCUUGUCACAGACUGUUUGAAAUAAACUGAUUAUUGCAGUGAUGGCCUUCCUUGUGAACCAGCCAGCUGUCUCAAAUGC